AUGGCUGACAAGGCGGCCUCGGUACGCGCACGCGACGAGGGCAACGCCUUCUUCCGCAAGGGCAAAUGGGCAGACGCGGCAGCAGCCUACGCGCGCGCAGGCGACGCGGACCCCGAGGACGCUGUGCCGUGGGCGAACCGCGCACAGGCGUGGAUCAAGCUCGAGCGGUGGGCGGACGCUGAAGCCGACGCUUCCGCCGCACUCGCGCGCGACCCGGCCAGUCUCAAGGCGCUGUAUCGCCGCGCCGUCGCGAGCCGCGCCCUCGGCCGCCCGCUCGACGCAACAAGCGACCUGCAGGCCGUGCUGGCCCGCGAUCCGAACAAUGCCAUGGCGGCGGGCGAGCUCGCCGAGGUGGAGAUGGAGGUCGCCACGGCCGCUGCCAAGGAGCGGGCCGCGGCCAAGAUGAAGCAGAAGGAGGAGGAGGAGGUGAAGGAGAAGGAGAGGCAGGCCGCCGAGGAGGACAGGCGCAAGGUCGCCGAGGCGGGCGCGGGCGCAGCGUCGUUGGUUGCAGCCCCGGCGCCGACAUUGCAGGCCAAGGGUGGUUUCGCCGCUUUGCGCAAGUCGCGCGACGCUCGGCCAGCGUAUGCUGGCGCUGGAGCCCGCGAGUCGCCUCCUGCAGCCGCAGGCGAUGUCGUUCCUCCCGCCGAGCCUCGUCCAGUGACAACGACGACCACGGCACCUCGUCGUGAGCCCUCACCGACACCACCACUCGCUCCUAUCGCGCAGGUCCCUGCUCCUCCUCCUGCUCCUACACCUACUCCUACUCCAUCCACAUCGACUCUCCCACCGCCACCCCCGCCAGCAGACCCGGCGUCGACCGCGCCCGGUGCGGGCCUCAACCUCCUGCGCGCACUCACGAGCUGCCCGGCAGAACACCGCCGCGGGUACCUGCGGCACUACGCGCCCGGCACUGUGGCGCGGAUCGUCGCGCCCGUGCUCGAGCCCGACGGGCUGGGGUUGCUGCUCACGGCGGUGGGUGGUGCGGUAGCCGACGACGACGACGACGACAACAACGACGACAAAAACAAAGAGUGGACGCGUACCCUCCUUGCGGGGCUGCGGACCGUGCCGCGCUGGCGUAUGACUGCUGCCAUGCUGAGCAAGGGCGAGAAGGCGGCCGGGGAGCGGGCGUGGGCCGCGGCGGGCGGCGAGGGCAAGUUCAUCUAG